ACUGCCCACCACACCGCACGUGCAGGCAACCCACGAACGCUUUGGCUAUUUGCUUUUCAGCUAAAGUAACGAGCAGAUUACGUUGGCUGUUCAACUCCAGCAUGGAAUCGCUGCUGCUGCAAAACAGUUGGAGACGAACAACGUCGACGAGCAGAAGUGAGCAAAAUUGUGAAAAAUUACUGGCGCAGGGUAGUAAAUGUUGUGUCCGACAAUAAGAGAAAUAAAUAAAUAUAAGAAUAUAUAAAUUAAAAAUAAAAGAAAGAAAAGAAAAUAUACCAAAACUGGUGAAAAAUUAAAGAAAGUGUCGCAAGCAACCAAUGAAAACAGUGAAAAAAUAGCACAAAAAGUUUUUGAAAAAUCGAAAGAAAAUUCGCAUAAAUCAAUAGCAGAUAAAUACGACCAACCGACCAACCGACCGACACAGGAAAAACGCAGCAAAUUUGUAUGCAAAACACAAAACGCGAAGCAAUAAAUAAGCAAAUAAAACAUAAAAACAACACGAAAGAUGUCAGCGAGACUUCGAAAUUAAAUCGGAAAUACGAUCUCAAGAGUAACCAUAACAACAAGCCAUAAAAUAUGUCGCCUUUCAGAUGGGUCUGCUGUUUUGUGCUCUUCGCUUGUGCUCAGGCAAUUGCGCCUGAGCGUCCUUUUGCCUGUAUGAGUUAUAUGGAAGAUGAGAAAUUUAUAAACGAUGAUGAUGACUUUGACGAAUACUCAUCGAAUGGCGUACAGACACAAUAUAGCGCAGAAAACCUCAAUACACCAGAUGUAGAGGAUGCACCACUUGAACCAGCGGUGCCACAUAGACGUAUCUGCCAAACGGAUUAUACAUUUUGUUUCGCGCUCUGGCGUCAGCAUCAGAAUGGCACACGCAUCGAGAAACAAGGCUGCUGGAAGGAGAGCACUGAACGAAAUGCCACCUGCAGUCAGACCGAGUGUACCAGCUCAGCGCCCACAUCGCGCAACAAUUCGCUCUACUAUUGCUGCUGUUCUGGCGAUUCGUGCAAUAAGAAUGUUGCUGUAGUUGAGCCAGCGCCAUUACAGCUUUCCAAGCCCAUUUACGGCGCUGAUAAAAAUGUUUCCAUCCGAUUUGCCGAUGCCGGUUUGGGUAUCGUUUUAACUGUGAUUAUCGUCUUGAUCUUAUGUUUGUCGGUUAGCGGUUUUGCUGCAUACUGUUAUGUACACAAGAUAAAAGAUAAAACCGUGCCAGAGGAGGCGCCGUUGGCACCGUCGGGUCCUGGUUAUAGCUCGAAUUUAAGAAAUGUGGAUAAUAUCAAUUUGAUUUGUAUGCUUGGUAAUGGCAAAUAUGGUACCGUUAUGAAGGGUUUACUACAUGACAAGGAGGUUGCUGUAAAGAUCUUUCCCGAUAGCCAUUACCCAUAUUAUAUCAACGAACGGAAUAUUUACUCGCUGCCGAUGAUGGAUAGCCCUUCGCUGCUGACGUAUUUCGGUUACGACGAGCGUCACACGAUGGAUGGUAAAAUUGAAUAUCAAUUGGUGCUUUCGCUUGCGCCACUCGGCUGCUUGCAGGAUUGGCUAAUUGCCAACACAAUGAACUUUGAGAUCUUCUGCGGCAUGGCGAAGUCCAUAACACGUGGUCUCUCACAUCUGCACACGGAAAUCAGUCGUGGUGACGAGUAUAAACCUUGUGUGGCACACCGUGACUUCAACUCGCGCAAUGUGCUCGUCAAAGCCGAUCGUACAUGCUGUAUAGCGGAUUUUGGCUUCGCAUUAAAGGUAUUCGGUUCAAAGUAUGAAUAUCGCGGCGAAGUUGCGGUCGCAGAAACGAAAAGUAUCAACGAAGUAGGCACACUACGCUAUAUGGCGCCUGAACUCUUAGAAGGUGCCGUCAACUUACGCGAUUGUGAGACUUCACUCAAGCAAAUGGACGUUUAUGCGCUCGGACUUGUUUUGUGGGAAGUGGCAACACGUUGCACGGACUUCUAUCCACCCGCACAAAUGACGCCAGCCUACAGAGCACCGUACGAACAAGAAGUCGGCACCCAUCCCACCUUUGAUCAAAUGCAGGCAUUGGUUGUGCGCCACAAAGCAAGACCGCUCUUCCCAGCCGGUUGGGGCGGCGGCGCGGCGGCUAAACUGCUGAAAGACACAUGUGAAGAUUGUUGGGAUCACGAUGCGGAGGCGCGCUUAACCUCACUAUGCGCCGAGGAGCGUAUGCAAGAAGCUGCAGGCUUGCGACCACGUUACUCACACACACAAUCACCCAGUCCGUUGUUGAGCGCAAAUAAUUUACUCGACAACGAUCAGGUGGAUUCUGCGGUGCUCAUUUCCAUGGAUGCGUGUCACUCGGAGACGGCAACAAUGCUGCAGCCGCCGCCGAAUCAAAAACUUUUACCACGUGUGCAGAGUAUGGACAGCGAGUUGAGUGGUGUGCCAGCGCAUACGGAGAAAAAUCAUCUCAUUAAUACACAACAACAACUACAGCCAUAUCAGGGACGCAAUCCAUGUCAAGAGCGCAAUCUAGCGCCAGUGGCCACACGUCCACCGCAGAUAUUGGUGGAGAAAAGUAAAAAGCACAGCUUCCAGACGGGGCAGGAGAACAGUUUCUCAUGCCUCGAAGACGACGUGUCCGUAGAAGAUCUCAUCUCAGGCGGCAGCACGAAGAAGAUAAGCAAUUUCAUGACAGACAACACAUCCAGCAUGGGUGAGGGUUUCCCAAAGCAACACAAUACCGAUCGCAAGCUCAGAGGUUGGCACGGUGUACGCGCGUUAAUACAAAAGAAGCUAUUUCGUAAGAGUGACGUGAGCGCUGAUGUCUACCAACAGCAAUUCGGUUAUAGCGAUGAAAAGUCGAACUUGGUCGACAAUCGCUAUGCGGCGGUUGUUAAAGGACUCGACAAUAAUGGUAGCGAAAGACUCGCUAAAGCGGCGACGGUGAGCUACAUCGAUGAUCGGCAACGUAGCAACAACGGCGUAGCUGCAACCAAAACAACAAUGCUCACAGACGUCUAUCCGCAUACAAGGCGACCAAAUAAUCUCGACCUAAGUCCUAUGAAUGGCACAACGGUGGUGCUGGGCGAGACCGGUACGCCGCUCAAUAUCACAGCCUACAAUAAAUCCAACUUAAUACAACGCAGCAUAGCGGAGGAGUGCAAUAGCGACACGGCGUUGCCCAAAGUGCGUCUACAGCAACUGGACACACGUACGAGUACACCCUGUCACGUUGUGCCGCGUUCACUAUCGACGAGUCUGAUCAAGCAUAUGAACCGUAAUAAUAAUAAUUUAACUAAAAGUGAGUUGAACGCUUCGCACAUAGCGAAGUGUCCAAAAGCGGUGCCGUCGAAUGCGCCUCAAACGCCAGCAACGCCAACUGUGCAGACCGCCGGCCGUCUGACUGCGCCCAAUCAUGCCGAUAUACUCUUCCGACGGCAGCGUAGUCUCGAGAUGUUUCGUGAAGUGUUUAGUGGACGUGGCAGUACCGACAAAUUGCGUGAUCCUAGUCAACGUGUGAAAACCCCCGGCGAUGUGCCGCCGUCAGUGAGAAAAGUGCGUGCCUCGAAAACCCUCAGUCUCUACGACGAUCGCAUGAUGGACUCGUCCACUUUGAAUAUACUCUAGCAUGAGGAAGUUCUGUUGCUGGAAUUGUAAGCAGCACCUUGAGUGGCUUAUAAUUGCGGUCAACAGAACGGUUUUGUAUGAGAGAAAGAACUGGAAAAAAAUUUGAGUGGAAAAGCGAAAUAAUACUCGUGGACUCGGCGGAACUGUGUAAAAAUGAGAGAACCGUGUGAGCUAGAAAAGGUUAAAGUGGCAAUAUGAAGGGAUCGUUGCGUCAACCUAAUAUUUCGUACUCGUAUAUCCUUAUAUAUAUAUAUAUAUAUAUAUAUAUAUAUGUGUAGGUAUGUAUAGUUAUAUGUAAGACCCCGCUGUGUUGCUAGUAACUGUAGUUUAAGCACUGAUAUACUACAUGAACUCAUUUAUACAUACAUAUAUGUAUAUAUGUAUGUUUAUGUAUAAUAUAUAUAGUAUAUAGUAUAUAAAAUAUGUAUGUAUGUAUUGUAUGUACGAAAAAAAACAACCAAAGUCCUUAUAGCGUAAUUUUUGAAUGUGUGUUUUUGUACGAAAUUCAUCGAACUCUAGAGAGUUCUCUUCGUCUCUAUAAGUCUAUAUAUAUAUAUAUAUAUGUAAUCGUAAAUGUAUAUAUAUUAUAUUAUAGUGUAGUAUAUAUGUACGUGUGUAUGUAGAUAUAAGCGCAGCUAUAAACUGCUAACGGUAAAAAAGGAAUCACAGUUCAACAGUGUCAGCCAUUGUUUGUAAUUACAAGUGAAAAUAUUUAUGUAUGUUUGUAUGUAGAGUAAGUAAAUAUAUAAAAAUUUAUUUUUUAAAACAACUUAUUGGUAGGAAAUUAAGACAACUACGGUACAUCUCUAGGGAAUUUUCAUAGCCGCUAUGGUGGUAUAGUAUAUCGUAUGUAUAUGUAUGUAUAUGCAUAUAAAUACAUACAAACAUUUUUGUGAAAUUCAAAACAGGUCGACUUAUUAUUCCAAUUUUUAUUUACACAACUGUAUUUAAUUAAUGAUUUAUAAUUAAAAGAAAAAAUGUUAUUUUGUAUAACAGUUAUCGCUAACAGAUGGAAGCAGUAUGAAUAAAAAAAUAAGAAAAUAAUAGAAAUAUCUCCGCAGGGAAAAGGUAGACUAAUCUGCAAACAUUCUGAAUAAAUACUAGUACCAGAACUAGUAUUUAAAGGACAAAAAGAUACUAGUUUCUCCUUGACUAGAAUUUUACUAGUAUUUACGGGACAAAAAUAUACUAGUUUCUCUUUGACUAGAAUUUUACUAGUAUUUACGGGACAAAAAUAUACUAGUUUCUCUAUGACUAGAAUUAUACCAGUUUUUUCGGUAAAAUCUGAACUAGUUUGCCAAAAAUUUUGUUAUAUAUGAAUUUUUUUAUUUUGAGGACGAAUUCAUAAUAGUUGGUCGUUUUGCCAAAAAAAAAAAAAAAAAAA